AUGAUUUUUCACAUUGUCUUUUCAGUCUUUCUUGCUACUGUCACAGCGACAGCUAGUAAUAGAUCAUUUAACGGCAGCAACAAUACACCAAGCUAUGCACCAUACUACGUUGACUGCCCCACAGACAUACAGCUUGUUCGCCAGCCUCCCCAAAUCUCCCAAGCCGAGUCCGAAUGGGUUCACGGCCGUAAAGCAAUCGUUGCCCAUUCUCUCAGUACCUAUCUAUCUCGGUUGAAUCUCACAGGUUUUGACCUGGCAGAAUAUGUGGAAAGAAUCCAGCGAGAUCCGGACUACAACGUGCCAGUGAUUGCAUGGGCCACCAGUGGUGGUGGCUGGCGCUCAGCAUACACCGGCAUUGGUGGCCUUCAAGCCAUCGAUGAGCGAACUCCAGGCUCCAAAGAAGCCAGGGUUGGCGGUCUAUUUCAAAGCUUGACUUAUAUGGCCGGGCUUUCUGGUGGGUCUUGGCCUACUGCCUCUACGGCAUUCAGUGAUUAUGCCCCAAUCCACGAACAUGUUAAGGAGUGGCAUGUAGAUGUCAAUCGGUUUGAUGCGUCCAACUUCACGGACUAUGCUGCUCCCGUCACUGCAUAUCUUGAUACGAUAGCCGAAAAAGCGGAGGCUGGGUUCAAUGUGUCUACUGCCGAUUUUCUCGGUCGCGGGUUUGCUUAUCAAUUUGUCCCCGGGGUCAAUCGGACAUGGUCGUCUAUUUCUGAACAAGAGGGGUUUAAGAAUUUCUCUGGACCGAUGCCAAUGCUCAUAUGCAGCAGCAUUAACAAGAGCUCAGAGGUCCUAGAUGGCCUUUAUGCUCCUUCGCAAUCUUCCCCAUGGUUUGAAUGGAAUCCUUUCGAAUUUGGCUCAUGGGACUUUGGUUUUGUGCCCACAGAGUACAUUGGCACGAUUCCCAAUGAGAAUAACACCGCUGAGAAAUGCGUGAAGAACCUCGACCAAGCUAGUUUCGUGAUGGGCUCUGCAGCGAGUGCAUGGAACUGGUGGUGGUUAGGAGCCAUUUCGAACGGGACCCUCGGGCAGUUUUCAAAACGUCAUGACCUUGAAAAGCGAGGUUCAGAUAGCUUUUUUACCGGGAUCUCAACGCUAUCCUCUCUGAACAAGUAUUUCAAGGAAGCUUUCGGUUACACGCUAGCACAGAUUAGCAAUCCCUCAAUCCCUAAUCCUUUCAACAGCAAGGAGAACAUCACUUUUGCCGACGGCUCCGAAGCAGGGCAGUCAGUGCCAUUCUGGCCUCUUAUUCAACCCGAGCGAAAGGUCGACUUCAUUAUGGCUUGGGACGACGACGUUGACUCUGCUCCAUACAACUGGAACAAUGGCACCAAUAUCUGGAACACUUACAAUCGUGCCCGGGAAAAUGGUCUUCCAUUCCCAGAAGUCCCGCCGGUAUCAGAGCUGUUGGCACGCAACUACACGUUGAAACCCAUUUUAUUCGGCUGCGACACAAACCUAACAACAACUCGCGAUGCUACAUCUCCUAUUGUCGCUUAUUUUGCUAACUCACCCUACAGCUGGUACAGUAACUACUCCUGGGAAACUGGGAAUAUGUCAUACACAGAGUUUGACGGCAUCCUGGAGAAUAGCUUCAACCUGCUUACUCGGGGAAAUGGAACUCUCAGCGACUCUUGGGCAGAUUGCCUCGGGUGUGCGGCCAUCGAUCGGAGCCUACAACGAAUGGAUGUUAAGAGACCUGCAGUUUGUGAGGAAUGCUUUCAGGAGCACUGCUGGGAUGGUAGCAUCACUGAAGAUACCUCGGACGACUUUGUGCUGGACCCUACUCUGGCUUUGGAUCCGAGUCUUAGGUAUGGCGAGUGGCGUGAGAUGCAUCCUGGACUUUAA